AUUAGUUAGCAACACAAAUCAAAUUUAUAGUUUAUGUAAUCCUCAAGGAAAUUGUUUAAAAUUGGAUUAAGAAAACAAAUUGAAAUACCAAUUGCUUCUUUUGAGGAUAAAGAAGAAUAAUAUUAUCACAACAUGGACGACCAGAAAUAAUGUGAAGAAUAACUAUAUUGUGAAUUCAAAAGAAUGAGUAUUUCUGAAUAAACUGAUGAACAACUUAGCUCCCUUAAAAAAAUAAAGUAAUAAUAGGAAGGAGAGAAUUUGAUGUUUCUAUAUUAAUCCAAUCAAUAAAUUAUGGUUGAAAAUAUUAAUUACAGAUCCACUAAACACAGUGUUGAAGUAUAGGAAAUUGAAAUUAUUGAAAAUUCUUCUAAUAUUCCUGAAGAAUAAACAAUAGAAUAAUUUAAUAUUAUUUAAGUCGACGAAAUUGAUUAUGUUAAUUAAUUAAGUUUCUUAAAAUAACAAACACAUCAAAAGAAAACAAAAUCUUAGUUUAAAUCAUUUAAGAAAAAUAAAAUUGAUUGUUUUUCUAUUAAACAUAAAAAAAUCUCAAAAUGA